GACAGCUACCAGAGAUGCUUUGAACGGCCAGGGUUGCUAUUAGCCGGUUUUGCACUGAAAACGGUCACUCUAAUCAUAUGUAAAUUGUAAACAAACUAAAAUGUCAAAACAAUAUGGUCUUAUACUGCCGGGGCAGCAGAAGAAGGCGCCCGUCAAACCGCUGCAGCCGCCCACAAAACCAUCCAUUUUCGAGGAAAGCAGCGGAUCCGAGAGUGAAGGCGACAAGAACGCACCGCAGAUGCGAUCCAAGGGCACUGCCGGCGUCUCCAGCGGCCCCAGCCUGAUGGAGCGGCGAGUGGCCCGCAAGCUGCACGAACAGGCACUGGAGGAGGAUCCCACUAUCUUCCAGUACGACGAGCUGUACGACGAAAUGGACAAAGGGCGCGAGGAGCAGAAGCAGACCAAAAGCAAGGAGCCCAAGAAGCCAAAGUACAUCAACAAGCUGAUGGAGCACGCUGAGCGCCGCAAGCUGGAGAAGGAGCUGCGUAUCGAGCGGCAAGUGCAAAAGGACCGCGACGCCGAGGGCGAGAAGUUUAAGGACAAGGACACCUACGUAACGGCUGCUUACCGCAAGAAGCUGGAGUCCAUCCGGCAGUUGCAGGAGCAGGAGCAGCGCGACGAGUACCUCGAGGCCAUUGGCGACGUCACCAAGCAGAAGGACCUGGACGGCUUCUACAGACAUCUCUACGAGCAGAAGCUUGGCACGGCCUCGGAGGUCAUCAAGCCCAAGACAGCUCCCUCCACGGAGGAGGUUUCCUACAAGCCCAUUAAGCCCGAGGCUCCCAAGAAUAGAAGCUACCGGCAGCGCCGUCCCUCCGAAGGCGAGGAACCUUCGCCCAAAGAUAAGGAUGACUCUGCGGCCCCUACUUCCGAUGAAACAAAGCCGGUUCAAGCUCACUUGUCCAACAACAUAGACGCCGACUCCGAUUUCAGCAUAGACGACUCCAGUGACGAAGAGGAGGAGAAAAAGGAGAAGGAGCCAGAGGAGGGUAAGAAAUCAAAAGACAAGGAAAGGAAAAAGAAAGAUCUUAGCAAGAAGCCCAAGGAGAAGUCCGAGGCGGAAAAGGAAGAAAAGGGUACCCCGGAACCCAAAAAGGAAUCCAAUUCAGACAGCGAAGAGGAUGAUCCCAAGGAUCUACCCGUUCCCAUUGUGACCAAGCCCCCGAUGGACCGGACACUUGUCUGGCGCAAGAGGACCGUGGGCGAGGUGUUCGAGGCGGCCGUGGCACGCUACCAGGAGCGGAAACGUUCCCGUCAGGGCUAAAUGAAAACUUUAAGGGCCGGCAACUGGGGAGGAGGAGAAAACAAACAUUUGAUUCUGUAUUGUGGGCUUAUUAUGCUAAUUUCAAUUUGUCACCGCCUUAUAAAUUAUGUAUGUGGAUGCCGGCUCACGGGAACCCUUUCUGGUGCAAAUACUUUGCAUAAGCUGCAGCUGCAACUCCCAUGCCUCCCCCCUGCCCCCCCGCCGACCGGCGUUCACCUAGGAAAAAAAAAAAGGACACAGCGCCACGAGCCAUGACGGAUGGAACCGCAACAUUUAAAAGUGGAGAGGAAAGGAUGAGCAAGUGCCAAGAAGAGAAAAAGUACGCGAAAAUAUUCCAUUUAUUUUGUAUGACGGCGACACGACGACGACAACUAAAAGAGCCAAAAAAAAAAGGAAAAUAAAAGGGUAGAAUAAAAUACGGACUUGGCUUAGAGGAACAAACCGAAGCAUACCCUUGCUGGGCGGAUAGUCGAAUUUUGUUACAUCCUGAAGUCAUUGAACUCAUUGAUUCGCUGCGAGUCGAAAAGUAAAGUAAUUGUAAAGGAUUCGAGGUUGAGUUGAAAUUUAAAAUGUAAAAUAGACAGCUCUACACUGAGAAAUAAUCUCUAGAGCUCUUAGAAAUAAGUUUAAAUAAGAUUUUAAUCAUAAAGUAUCAUCUUGUUCUAUUGAAAA